UCAAGCUCUACACCAAAACAACAUAUAAUAAAAAACCACAGUUGCAGCAUUUCAGUUUCUUUUUAUUGAUUCCAGGAUUAAUGGAGGAUAUUAGCAAUGGAAGCAAUAAUGAAAUGAUCACUAUAACAAAAGGAGAGCCAACUAGGGUUCAUCCAAAUGAACCCGUAGAGAAGAAGGGUCUAUAUUACCUCUCAAACCUUGACCAAAACAUUGCAGCCACAAUCCCCACUGUUUACUUCUUCAAAUCAGAGGGUAAAGGCAAUGAGGAAGCUGUGGAAAUGGUUAAGAAUGGGUUAUCCAAGAUUUUGGUUUAUUAUUAUCCACUUGCUGGGAAAUUAAUGAUUAGCUCAGAAGGGAAGCUCAUUGUGGACUGCAAUGGCGAUGAUGGUGCUGUUUUUGUUGAGGCUGAAGCUAAUUGUGGAGUUGAAGAGAUGGCGGAUUUAACCAAGGUUGAUCAUGUUGUUCUUGGACAGUUGGUUUAUCAUAUUCCUGGUGCUCGUAAUUUACUCGAGAUACCUCUUUUAAUGGUUCAGGUGACUAAAUUCAAGUGUGGAGGAUUUGCUAUUGGGAUGAGCAUGAACCAUUGUAUGCUAGAUGGCAUUGCUGCAAUGGAAUUUGUUAAUGGAUGGGGUGAAGUUACAAGAGCCUUACCAUUAAACCUCACCCCAUUUUUAGACCGAACCAUAUUAAAACCCCGAAACCCACCAUUAAUAGAGUUUCCCCACCAUGAAUUUGAUGAAAUAGAAGACAUAUCCAUCAAAACCAGCCUUCGUCAACAUGAACAAAUCAUCCAUAAAUCAUUCACUUUUGAUGCACCAAAGCUUGCCAAACUCAAAGAAACAGCCAUGGAAGAUAGGGUCUUAUCAAAAUGCACCACAUUUGAAACCCUUUCAGGGUUUAUAUGGAAAGCAAGAUGCCAAGCAUUGAACUUACUCCCACAACAAAAAACAAAGCUCCUCUUUGCCAUUAAUGGAAGGCAAAAGUUUAUCCCACCAUUACCAAAAGGAUAUGCUGGUAAUGGAAUUGUCAUCACAAACUCCAUUGUUGAAGCUGGUGAAUUAGUGGAGAAACCAUUGUCAUUUGCAGUGGGAUUAAUACAAGGAGCCAUUGAAUUGGUUGAUGAUAGAUAUAUGAGAUCUGCAAUUGAUUAUUUUGAAGUGACAAGAGCUAGACCUUCUUUGGCUGCAACUGUGUUGCUUACAACUUGGUCUAGGCUACCUUUAUAUACCGUAGAUUUUGGUUGGGGUGAACCUAUUUGUUCAGGACCUGUUGCUUUGCCCGAAAACCCUGUUCUUAUUUUGUUUCCUCAUCACAAAGAUCAUAAAAGUAUUAAUUUGGUUCUUGGAUUGCCUGUUUCUGCAAUGAAAAUGUUUGAAGAACUAAUAAUGGAGAUAUGA